CCUGCGUAAAGUUGAAUAAACUGACCUAGAUACGACACCUAAUUAAAGAAAAAGUGAGUUCAACAUUCUGGUAAUCCUAGUGCGAUCACUUUGACACAAAUUAAAGAAAAAAGUGAGAACAACAUUUUGACAAUUAGUGCGAACACUUUGACAUGAAACAAUAGCCUGGACUUGGUGAUGGAUUACUUACACGUUGUUAUAUAAGACGUGGAUCAAUCCUCAAACGUCACCAGGCCUUUACAGAUCUGAAGUUGGAACACGACUAGCCGUUGUAUCGCCAUGAAAGUCCUCGCAAUAUUUGCCUGCCUCGUCGUCGGCGCUGUAGUUGUACAAGGGAUCUGCAAAGACGAUUUGCACAGAAUCAAGGUGCAGACCCAAUGGAACGCGGUGUACAAUACCCAUAGGGAUGUCGUCGGUAAAGCGGCGUUUAGAUCAUUGUUCAAGUUAGCACCUGAUUCAAGAGCGCUGUUCUCGAAAUUCGACAGCGAUGACACAAAUUCACCUAAAUUCCAAGCUCAUUGCGCCAGAGUUCUGGGAGGUCUUGGUAAUGUUAUUUCGGAGCUUGGAGACGCUGAAGUAUAUACAUCACAAUUGGGACAUCUCGCCGCCUUCCAUUCCAAUAUUCCAAAUCUAAAAUACGAAUAUUUUGAGCAACUUGGACAAGUCCUGGAAGAAAUUUUUUCUGCAGCUAUUGAUGAUUACGACAACGAAGCUUGGGCAGACUGCUACACUGACAUCAUCCAAGGAAUGACAGCUCAAUUACAGUGAACAAAAUGAGAACAUAUGGACAGUUUGCUGAAAUGUGGACUGUGCCAAGUUUCGAUCCUGCACCCCAACUAUUUGCACUGCGAAUAGACAAAAGACAAUAGCUCCGUCCAACCAUGACUGGCAGUCAUAGCUCUGAGACACUAGCUCGUUUCCUAUUCUGCAGUUGUAUUCAAAUUAUUUUUAUGUGAUUGUAUUAACGCUCAUAUUGCUCCGCGGUACAACCAAUGGCCUGGUGUUGUACAGUGCAGAUUAAGAGAGCAUAACCAUUCAUCUCUAAUUGUUGUAUAAGACUGUAAUAGACAAAAUUUAAUAAUAUAAUUUGAUGUCAUAUUAUUUGAUAAUCUUGCUUCAGGACUGUGGACCUCCCC